GCAUCCGCGUUGUGGACCGGUCCCUCACUCCUCUCCCUCACCAAGCGACUCUGACCCACUGAAGGCCGCUUUUGAGGACACGAGGACGGGGGAGGACACGAGGACGGGGGAGGUCCCCGCUGCCUCCCGCCACCUAAGCCGUGCUUCAUGGAGUCUACAUUCAGCAGCCCCGCCGAGGCGGCACUGCAGCGGGAGGCGGGGGCCGCGGGGCUGCUCACUCCUCUUGCGGACCUGGACCGAGUAUACGAGCUGCAGCGAGUCGUGGGAUUUGUCCGCGACCUGGGGUGUGAACGGGUGGCUUUGCAGUUCCCUGACCAACUAUUGGGAGAUGCUGGGGUUGUGGCUGCACGACUGGAGGAGACCUCGGGGUCAAAGAUGUUCAUUCUGGGAGACACGGCCUAUGGCAGCUGCUGUGUGGAUGUGCUGGGUGCUGAGCAGGCUGGAGCUCAGGCCCUUGUACACUUUGGCCCUGCCUGCUUAAGCCCUCCAGCCCGCCCACUGCCUGUGGCCUUCGUCUUUGGUCAGCGUUCUGUGGCCUUGGAGCUCUGCGCCAAAGCCUUUGAGGCCCAGAACCCAGACCCGGCAUGUCCGGUGGUGUUGCUGAGUGAGCCGGCCUGCGCCCAUGCCCUGGAGGCAUUGGCCACUCUACUGCGCCCGCGGUACCCGGACCUGCUUGUCUCCAGCCCAGCUCUUCCCCUGCCAGAGGGCUCCCUCAGUGCAGGGGCUCCUGAGCCCCUGGAGCGUUUUGGGCGUCGCUUCCCCCUGGCCCCAGGGAGGUGUUUGGAAGAGUAUGGGGCUUUCUAUGUGGGAGGCUCUGGGGCCAGCUACGACCCUGACCUCGACCCUGACCUGAGCCGGCUGCUCUUAGGUUGGGCACCAGAGCGGCCCUUCUUCUCCUGCUGCCCAGACACUGGGAGGACUCACGAUGAAGGCGCCCGGGCUGGGCGGCUAAGGGCACGUAGACGAUACCUGGUUGAGAGGGCCAGAGAUGCUCAUGUGGUGGGGCUGCUGGUGGGCACAUUGGGAGUGGCCCGACACCGUGAGGCCUUGGCACACUUGCGGAACCUGACGCAGGCUGCUGGCAAGCGUAGCUAUGUGUUAGCCCUGGGGCGGCCCACACCUCCCAAGCUUGCUAACUUCCCUGAGGUAGAUGUCUUUGUGCUGUUGGCCUGUCCUCUUGGUGCCCUGGCUCCUCAGCCUUCUGGUAGUUUCUUCCGGCCUGUAUUGUCACCGUGUGAGCUGGAGGCUGCCUGCAACCCUGCCUGGCCGUCUCCAGGCCUGGCUCCCCACCUCACACACUACGCGGACUUACUGCCUGGCUCUCCUUUCCACGUGCCCCUCCCACCACCUGAGUCGGAACUGUGGGACAUCCCAGAUGUGUCACUCAUUACUGGGGAGCUCCGACCCCCACCUUUCCGGAAACCAUCAAAUGAUCCUGGAUGCUCAGCCUUGACCCCGCGACCUCAGCUGGAGCUGAUUGAGAGCAGCCCUGCAGCUGCAUUCCUGUGUUCCCGGAGCUGGCAAGGGCUGCAGCCUCACCUGGGUCAGACACCAGUGACAGGAGCCGUGAGUGGAAGAAGAGGAAUUGCCAUCGCCUAUGAGGAUGAGGGAAGCAGCUGAUAUCAUGCGGGUCCAGACACACAGAUGGAGUUAAGAAUCACUGCUCACCAUUUCAGUCCUGGGCACUUCAGGAGCUGUGGGCUUCGGUGUAGAUAUUGCCAAACCUAAGAACCACACCAUGCACAACCAGUCCUGAAAACGGCACAGAAAUGACAUCAAGAAACCCUGAUCACAAAGAUAGGAAUUUCUUAAGGGAGUAAACCCCGAGUUCCCGAGGAACAUGCACUUUCCCAAGAAGCACAACAAGAAGGGCCUGAAGAAGGUGCAGGUCAACAAUCCCAAAGCCAUGAGCGCAUGUGCUGAGGCUGUCAAGGCUCUCGUAAAGGCCAAGGAGGUCAAGCCCAACAUCCCAAAACAUGAUAGCCGCAAGCUAAGUUGACUUGCCUACAUUGCUUGCUCCAAGGUUGGAAAACAUGCUCAUGCCCACAUUGUCAAGGGUCUCAGGCUCUGCUGGCCAAUGUCCAAGGCCAAGGCUCAAACAAAGCCUCAGGCUGUGGCUCAGGCUCCUUAAAGGUGCCCAGGCCCCCACGGAGGCUCCACCCACAAUAGAGGCCUCUGUCUGCCUACGUGUGGAUGGAAGAACCGGAGUGACCCCUUGGCUUCUGUCUCCAUGGAGCUGGUGACCUAUGCUAUUUGUACAAAUAAACCAGAGGCAGGAUCUGUAAAAAAAAAAAAAAAGAAAAAAUCACUGCUAAGACUUUUCAGCACUCCAUGUAGUGACCUCACACCUCUACCAGGAUCCUUAAAAGAGCCUUGAAAUAGGGCAGACAGCCCGUCACUGAAGAUAGGAUCCAGCUCUGUCCUCUCCUGGCAUGGCAUAAAGCUUAGCACAUACUGGCUUAGUAAAUGUGGAGGGUUUCUCAACCUUGGUACAGCUGACAUUUUAGACCAGAUAAAUCUUUGUUGUGAGGGGCUGUUCUGUAAAUUGUAGCACGUUCAGCAUCAUCCCUGGUUUCUGCCCACUAGAUGCCAGUAGCAUACCUUUUCCCAAUUGUGAUAAUCAAAAAUGUCUCCAGACGUUUACAAAUGUGCCUUGUGGGGGCAACAUUGCCCCAAGUUGAGAACCGCUGGGCUACACUUGUGCUGUCCAGUAUACCGGCCACUAGAAAUGUGGCUAACAAACAUAGUUUAACUAAGAUUAAAAAUUCAGUUUCUCGAUCAUACUAGUCACAUUUCACUGUUCAGAUAACCACGUAAGAGGGCAGCACAGCUAUAGGACAUUUCCACUGUCACAGAAAGGUCUGUUGGGCAGUGCUGGUGUGUACUGACUCAUUUCUCAGGGAGAGCACAGAAAUGAUACUUUUAAUGAUACUUUUAAGCAAUAAACCAGAUACUUUUUCUUCUGUUUAUUUUUCUUCAUCAAAAACUGCAGGUCCUACACAGGUCCUGUGAGUGGAAGUUUGAAUUGUAUUUGAUUGGAUUCCUGCCCUCAAAAUGUAAUUUGGAAGAGAGGCAGUUAAAUAGGCAAUUACCACACAGUGAAACAUUGCUCUCUGUGAGGAGGGAAACCCACAGGGACAGCUGGACCCUAAAAUAAGCUUCCCAGAGGGAAGAUACCUAAGUUGAGUCUCUUGAAAGGAAAAAAAAUUAUCAGGAGAGAAAGAGUAAAAAGGACAUUUGACUAAAGGCUUCAUGCUGCUUGAACACACAGGCAUGAACCAGCAUGGUGGUCGCUUCAAGCAGAGUGGAGUUGUCAGACCCUAAGAGUUGACAGGGCUGAAGUGAAACAACUCACUUCUCUUUUCCUUAAAUUUUUUAUUGAUUGAUUUUAGAGAAAGGAAGGGAGAGAGCAAGAAACAUCAAUUUAUUUUUCCAUUAUUUAUGCAUUCAUUAAUUGCUUUUGUGUGCCCUGACAAGAUCAAACCUGCAACCUUGGCAUAUUGGGAUGAUGAUGCUCUAACCAACUGAGUUUCAGCCAGGACCUAUAACUUCUUUGAUCUCCACGUGUUUUGAGAAUCUGGGCAUACUGGCAUUGUCCAGGUUGUUGAAGAAAUAGGUAAACAAGGAGGAUAUGGUCCCUACCCUUAGCGAUUGCCCAGUCUACUGGUAGAGAGAGCUGUAAACUGACCAUGGUAACCGCGACAAGGUGGGCACCAAAUAUGGAUUCUACAAACCUUUUUUUACAACCAAAAUAUUAAAUCCUGAUUAAGGUGUAAGAUACACACACAACAUAAAUACCUGAAAAAAACAAUGAAAAAAGAUGCAACUUUAAAUAUGUUAAAAUGUAUAUCACUAUAUAGCAAACUCUUACAUCAAAAUUGGAAGGUAUGCCCUGGCUGACUGGAUUGAGUACUGGCCUGUGAACCAAAAGGUUGCUGCUUUGAUUCCCAAUCAGGGUACAUGCCUGGGUUUGGGGCUGGGUCCCCAGUAGGGAGGCACGUGAGAAGGAAGAUGCAACUGACCAACAUAUCUCUCGCACAUUGAUGUUUCUCCCUCCCUUCCUUUCUCUAAAAAUAAACCCUUCUGAAAAAAUUAAAGAGAUCAACCAAUUGAGAAGAUAUAUAUUGCAAUAGUAUAAGCAUCUUUAAAAUAUAUGCAUCGAUGUUUGGACAUCUCUGAGAGAAAAGUUAAACAUAGAGUGCAAAGAAAUACGUAUGAAAUCUGAACAAAGUAAGAUAUUUAGAAAAUGAUA